CACAACACCUACCAGUCAGAGAUGAGGGAGAACAGACCCUGAUCACAGCAGCAGCCUCAGGACACGACCGUUACCGUAAACACGCCGCCGCCUACAGUCACCGUUAGACGGUUUAUUUCACCGGGAAGAUGCGCAACGACAACGAAGACGUCGCAAUGAAGGAGUCCAGGAGACGAGAACGUCAAGCAGGCCGAUGCACACAUGAUGUACCUAAUUUUGAAGCUUUGGAGAAUCCAGAGACGGACAUUGGCUUGUGUGGAUGGGUGCUGGUUGGCGCCUCUCUUCUUCUGAUGCUGCUGACUCUGCCCCUCUCCAUAUGGAUGUGCAUUAAGAUUGUGAAGGAGUAUGAGCGAGCCAUUAUCUUCCGCCUGGGGCGCAUUUUGCGAGGAGGAGCCAAAGGACCAGGGUUGUUCUUCAUCUUGCCGUGCACUGACAGCUUUAUUAAUGUGGACAUGCGCACCAUUAGCUUUGACAUCCCACCGCAAGAGGUUUUGACCAAAGACUCUGUGACGGUGAGCGUUGAUGGUGUGGUGUACUACCGGGUCCAGAAUGCUACUCUGGCUGUGGCUAACAUCACUAAUGCUGACGCUGCUACCCGACUGUUGGCCCAGACCACCCUGAGGAACGUUCUGGGCACCAAGAACCUGGCAGAGAUCCUGUCUGACCGAGAAGAAAUCGCACACAGCAUGCAGAGCACUCUGGAUGAUGCUACAGAUGACUGGGGAAUCAAGGUGGAGCGGGUGGAGAUCAAAGAUGUGAAGCUGCCCCUUCAGCUCCAGAGAGCCAUGGCAGCUGAGGCCGAGGCCAGUCGUGAGGCCAGAGCCAAGGUGAUCGCAGCAGAAGGUGAGAUGAACGCAUCCCGAGCGCUGAAGGAGGCCUCUCUGGUGAUCGCAGAGUCUCCAUCGGCUCUGCAGCUGCGUUACCUCCAGACCCUCAACACCAUCGCUGCAGAGAAGAACUCCACUAUCAUCUUCCCACUGCCGCUGGAGAUGAUGCACGGGUUCAUAAAACACUGAGUCUCAAAACACUUCGCUCACACACUCAGAUAACAUGCACCACAUAACACACAUACAGCACAUUUAACACAUUUUAGCUAGCAGUGCUAAACAUGACAUUCAAAGAAUUAGUAGAGAUCAACUGAUCAACUGCUGCUUUUGUUUUUAUUACGUGGUCAUUGUUACAUGUGAACACUACUUGCCGAUAUUGGCCAGCAGGUAACGCACACACACAUAUGUUUUGAAACACAAACUAGGUGAUCAUUUUCUUGCUCAUAUAUCUUGGGUUACCUCUUUUAAAAUUGCUGCUUUACUGCAAACAUUCUUUUAAAUUAAGCCUACUCUGCGGGCUUCUAAUUGUUGUGGUAUAGCAACAGUUAAAACAUUUGCUUUGCUUUUCUGGGAUGAGUUUCUGAUCUGAUUUGAGGAAUCCUCAUCAGUUCAUUGUGCUCAGUCAGCUGAAAGACUUUCAAAACCAGAAAAAUCUACAGCUGUUCAUUUGGUGCGUCUGCCAAUAACUGACUGAUCCAAUCCAAACCCAAGAGUAAGGAGGCUUCGCAUCUCCAUCAUGGACCCGUCCGCCUAGCCUCGUUGGCACCCAUUUUGAUAAGCCAGAAGGAUGCUCCUGGCCGGUAGGAUUUAAGUAUUGAAUUACCGGAAUGUUUUGAGAUCUAGCCCUUGUCCACACAUAGCCGGGUAUCUCACAAAACGAAGAUAUUUUUCUACGAUUCGGCCUAUCAUCCACACGAAAACGUAGAUUUACGUCAUUAAAAAUGAUUCUUUUUAAAAACUCCGACCAAAGUGAAGAUUUGCGAAUUCUCCGUUUUAUGCAUCUGCAUGUGGACAUCAGUAAACGGGGUUUUGCGUUUUGAAACGUCACCGCCUGCGACAAAAUAUGUUCUUACGUCACAUAUGCGACCUGUGUUUACAUUCGGUAACCGUAUGGAUGCUCUCACAAGGUUUUGGGCGCUUUUUACUUGCUUGUUUUUACAAGCCCAGAUACUGCUCCACAUUCAACAACACAGGCGAAGGACGACGUUAAGGACGGUUAUUCUCCACCACCUUGCUAGGAUUUGGGGAACUACUGCCACCUAAAGGUCCGGCAUGCUUAUGAAUGUGCUGAAAAACGCACACGCGGUUAGGUGUAGAUGAAGUUUUUUUCUAAAAACGAGGUGGUGUGUAUGUAAGUUUUUUUCUAGACGGAGGGGGCAGGAUAUUCGGUUUUACAAAAACCCGGCUACGUGUGGACAAGGCCCUAGUUACGAGCACCAGUUGAUCAGGCUGGUGACCAGGUGGGAGUCUGGUGGCAAAGGUGGUUAAAAAGUUUAAAGAAACAGGCAGUGUCAUGGACAAACCCAUUCUGGACGACCAAAUGUAUCAGCCAAAACUAAAGGACUGGUCAUGGCUAGAAUUGAUACUAGCCCCAAAAAAUCACUUCCCUAACCCCAACCCAUCGUUCACAUCCACUGAGAAGUACUAGUUCAACUCUUUCUUCGGUCGACAAAGCCAUAUUUAAUCUGUGGAGACAAAAAAAUUAUAUAUGAUAGAUAUUAUGUGUUUCCAGACUUUAGGGACACCCUGUAUUUUUCAAAUAUUACAGUUUGCUCUUUGACAAGAUGCCACUAGACCUGGUCGUGUUUAUAAUUGUUAUUCUGGUGCUAACUUCAUGUCUUUAGCGUGACAAAGACUGCUUGUCCUGACUGCAGUUUUUGGGUUAGGUGAAGCCAGAUAACCAAACAACAACAUAGAUAUACUGAACUUGCUACGUAGUAUAGGCUUUUGUCUUGCUGUUUUAUUUUUUGUCCAUAUUUUAUGCUACAAAUGUAGAAAUCAGCCAAGGCUCUGUGAUUGUCAAAGUACCACACAACCUCAAACUUUCUCAUCAUCCGUUAUACAAACAUUUUAAAGUGCCUGCUGGAUAUGUGGCCUUCACACACACACACUGACACACACAUCUUUAUCCAUAUAUAUCUGGUAUCUCCUGAUACUGUAGCACUACUGCAACCACUGCCAGCAUCUUAAUGCUGCGUUCAUUUAUUAUCUGAAGUGUUUUAAUUAUAUCGAUAUUCUGACAGAUAGUUUUGUCAUCAAACCCUAAAACGACUGUGGUUUGAAAUGUGCUAAUUUCACUAUAUUUUAGUGUAAAAGUCACUGAACUCUCUGCACUAACUUUAACAUCGUAGGCUUGAAGGUUUAAAGAGGUACAGUACACGUGGCACUGUACUUUGUUUGCUUUAUUGUUUGGCUUUCAUGUAGAGAAUGAAAGCAAUAAGAACUGACAUGCUGGUGUAAAAUUGCUCAAUUUGGCAUUUUACCACGUUGAAUGUUGUACAUACAGUAAGUGUAGUUGCGUAUAUGUUUUAUAUGAUUAUAUUUGCUUUGUUGUGUACUAACCAGCAGUAUCAGACUGUCAGUGAUACACAAAUACUAACACAGAAACACAUUCAGACGCAGAUGUACUCCUUUUCUCUUACUGCUUAUAAUCACAUUACAAGCUGAAAUGUCAUUUGCUUUCUAUUAACACGCAAGAGGGUGGACAAAAUAAUAGAAACACAUAGAAAAAGUCGACAUUUUCAGCAACCUCAACUUGGUCGCUUGCUCCUUUUAUUUUGUCCACCCACUCUCUGACUUCGUUCCUGCUUAGAAGAAGCAGAAUCUGCAACUCUUUCAACCAAAAAAGCCUUAACUUACUGCCAUCUAUUCAUUUUAGCGUCAUUCUAUGCACUUCUAAAUGAACUACUUUAUUUUACUAUCUGCAUACACUCUUUCUGGGUGUAACACAAGCCAAAUCUUUGUAUUCGUUUGUCUGGAAACUGACAUGUGCUCUAGUUGUGUAGUUGAAGAGUUUAUCGCAGUAUUUAUCCUUCGUCUGACCACUUAGUGUUUAUAUACCUAUAUAGUAGUGUGGACUUUAUUAUCGCUUUGCUGUGGCGGGACGGACGGGUCAGGUCUGUUACUUUUGCCUGAAACACAGUGUAAUGCACCUUUUUUGUUAUGGAAUUUUAGGCUGUUACAUUAUACUACAGUAACUCCUGUAUUUUUAGCUGUUGCUGCAACAAAAGAAGAGUUAUUUUGCUGCAGAGUGAAUUCAAAUGACUCGCCAGGCGUUUGUGGUUGUUUUUGUUCCAAACCCCGGCAGAGUCUGGGUUUGGGGAGAUUUUUCACCUGGGGUUGAACGUUUAUGGGGUUGUUUUUGCAGCUAACACUAUUGUUUUGUACAUUUUCCUAAUGAUUUGAUAUGAUUUUAUCUUGAUAUAUAUGAAAACUUCAAAUAAAUAUGCUAUCUUAAAAGCA